AUGUCGAAGACAGAAGACGCUUUGGCUGAGACCGAAUCCUUGCCAUUGGUACAAACUCCUUCUGAAUGGUUGCAGGAAACAAACCCUCCAUUUACCUGGCUUUGGGAAGACAAAAGCUCUGAGCAACCGGAGUGGCGCCCCUUUCGCCGAUGUGAUCAGAAACGCCUUGAGGCAGCCGAGUUUCUGAAGAAUACCGAGUUCGUUCACGUGGAGGGUGGAAGGUGGAAGGUGAACUUGAAGGAACGUCUCCUCGUCGACAGCUACGGAAGUGAUCCACCUCUCAAGCGCUGUGCUGUGCGGCGUGCUCGUUGGUUUCUGCGUCCCAACACGGUGAGUUUCGUGCCCUAUGAUGAGCAAGUGGAUCAUUCAAUCGAACAGACCUACCAGGAAAUCAUAGCACCCACAGGCAGCGCGCCAGUUGAGGGAGCAGAGAUUCUGAAGAAGGUGCCUCUGGAAUCCGGUCGGACAGUUGCUCUCAAGAUGAAGUACAAGUCCUCCAAGUGGCGUGUUUCGGCGGAGGAACGCGCGACCUCCGGAACCUCUUGGGUGGCUUAUGCCCAAGCGGCACUUGAGAGAGUCUUCCAACUGCAAAGAGGAUUUGGAGAGGUUCAGAUACAAGCGGGUGAAGCAGAGGAGGAGAUCCUAGGGAACGACAUUGGACAGGUCAUCAUUUUGGUACAUGGCAUUGGGGAGAAGAUGUGGAGCGAGGAAGGUUGUGGCUUGGCCUUCUCCUCCGGAAUUUUCCGGCAGCUCGUCCACGCGAAGCAGCUGAAGAGCGCCGGAUACGAAAAGAGGACGGACGGCAGCUGGGUCUACCCAGGUGAAGGGACUCCCAGCUUGAAGAAGGACGAGGUCUUAGAAGCCUCCUGGUGGGAGACCAUCCACACGGAUGAGAUGGAUGCACGACUCCAACGGAUCAGCCUGCCCACCAUGAAGCAGGUGCGACAAAUUGCGAACUUUACCGUCGUCGACGGCAUUUACUACAUGCAUCCCAAGCACCAGGAGAAGAUUCUGGAGGCGGUAUGCAAGGCCGUGGAGAAUGCCUUCCAGCGGUUUUUGGAGCAUCACCCAAGCUACCAGGGUCCAGUUGUCUUGGCUGGACAUUCUUUGGGUGGCGCAAUUCUCUUCCAUUUGCUUCGCUCUGGAACCCCCAAGCUGAGCUUCACUCCUUUGGCUCUUUUCACCAUGGGCUCCCCCCACCGGGCUCUUCGUCCACACCAGCGACGACGUGCCCAGCAGCUCCUUUGCUCUACCGGGAAACACGCGGUUCUUCAACAUUUUCCAUCCUAUGGACCCGGUGGCUUAUCGAAUGGAGCCCUUGAUCGAGGGAGACCUCGAGAAGCUCGACGCGGAGAAGAUUCCCGUGGAGGGACUCUGGGGUGGGAUGAAGGUCCAUCAUCAGUUCGAGCGCAUGUACAAGGGAGUCUACAAUUGGACCAAGGGAGAGGAGAAGAAGCAAGAUGA